CUCUUGUAAAAAAAAAAAAGCUAAUUAACUUUUCACAUAAACCCUAAACCCCCAAGAAGACACAUAAAUCACCAACUCAAUUUGCAGACAUUCCCCUCCUCUCUUUUGCACUCUCUCUUCAAUAGCAGCAGCAGCGGCAACCAUUGUUGAAGCUUGAACAUCUAAAACAAUGGCACGAAGCAUUAAAAAACCCAAGAAAGCUAAAAAGAAGAAGACCAAGGGUUCAAAUGAUUCCGAGGCAUCAUCAUCUUCGAUGCCGCCGGCACGAGUAUGGCAACCAGGUGUUGAUACUGUCGGAGAAGAUGAAGAGCUUCAGUGGGACCCUUCUGCUUACAAUUCUUAUCAUGCCUUCCAUAUGGGUUGGCCUUGUUUAAGUUUUGAUAUUAUUCAAGAUACUCUAGGAUUGGUUCGAACUGAAUUUCCUCAUACCGUCUAUGUUGUCGCCGGAACUCAGGCAGACAAACCAUCAUUGAAUUCUAUUGAAAUAUUCAAGGUAUCAAACAUUUCUGGAAAAAGGCGUGAAUUAGUACCUAAAAAGGCUGCCGAUGGCUCAGAGAUGGAAAGUGAUAGUGACAGUGAUGAUGAUGAUGAUGAGGAUGAGCAUGGAUCAAAACAACCUAUAUUGCAGCUGCGCAAGGUGGCUCAUCAAGGAUGCAUUAAUCGAAUUCGAUCCAUGCCACAAAGUCCCCACAUUUGUGCAACUUGGGGGGAUACAGGUUUCGUGCAGGUUUGGGACUUUAGUGCUCAUCUCAAUUUCUUAGCUGAAUCAACAGACACCAGUCGGGGUGGAAAUUCUGUGGCUAAUCAAGCACCAUUGAGUAUGUUCAGACAUAAAGAUGAAGGAUAUGCCAUGGAUUGGAGUCCCCGCGAAGCUGGGAAACUUGUAACUGGUGAUUGUCAAAAUUCUAUUUAUUUAUGGGAACCCGCAUCUGGAACAAAAUGGAAUGUUGAUAAGAAUCCAUUUGUUGGACACACUGCUAGCGUGGAAGAUCUGCAGUGGAGUCCUGGCGAGGACUGUGUAUUUGCUUCUGCCUCUGUUGAUAAGACCAUUGCAAUAUGGGAUACUCGUUUGGGGAAAUCUCCUGCAAUGUCAUUUAAAGCCCAUGAUGCAGAUGUAAAUGUAAUCUCAUGGAACAGGUUACAAAGCUAUAUGCUUGCAUCAGGUAGCGAUGAUGGGUCGUUUUCCAUUUUUAAUCUUAAAAUGAUUAAGGAGGGUGAACCUAUGUUGGCACAUUUUACUCACCAUAAACACCCCAUCACUUCGAUUGAAUGGAGUCCCCAUGAGGAUUCUGUACUGGCAGUCUCUUCAGCCGACCAUCAGCUGACAAUUUGGGAUCUGGCACUAGAAAGAGAUGAAGAAGAAGAGGCAGAAUUUAAAUCUCAAACAGAAGACAAAGUGGAUGCUCCUGUGGAAUUGCCUCCACAGCUUUUAUUCGUCCAUCAGGGCCAGAAGGACUUGAAGGAGCUACAUUGGCAUGCCCAGAUCCCAGGAAUGAUCAUAUCAACUGCUGCUGAUGGUUUUAACGUCUUAAUGCCUUCAAAUGUUGAACGAAGCCUUCCAGCGAAUGGUGCUUGAAACAUGGAUGUUGUUCAAGAAUGAUUAUAUCAACUCCUGCUGAUGGUUUCUAACAUCUUAAUGCCUUCAAAUGUCGAAAGAAACCUUCCAGCGAGUGGUGCUUGAAUCCUGGAUCUUGCAUAUGGUCUUCCUAUGCAUUGCCAAAUGGCAGAGCCAGAUGUUGUGAUGACUACUGCUUGGCUUGGCACGUCUGAGUUUCAAUAAGUGCAAAUUUUGUAUUAAUUCUUCUAGAUUUUAUGGUAAUUUAAUUUUCUUGCUCAUGGUGGUGGAACAGGCUAGUAAUUUGGUUCACUGUUGUAAUUAUUGUUGGCUAUAAAUGCUUUAUGGUUAUUUAGUUAUGAUAUAAAUGUUACAAUUACGACUA